AUGGCCUCGUCAACCAUGAAGCUCAUGGCACGCAACAGCCUGAGAAGGAUGGCAACACCGCCAUGCGUCGGCAGCCAGAUGGACGCAAGCCCGUGCAGACUCAACAAAACCAUCAUCACGCCCAACUCAACAGCAAGAUCGGGUCCUCACACUAUGGGCCACAUGAUGGACGGCGAAGGAACAGCGUUUGAACCAAAGGCAAUCAUGAGAGUGCUGAUCCCGAUUUCGAUCGCUGGGUGGCUGCUAUUUGGGGUGAUUUGCAUCCUAUGCAUCAACGGCAAGGGAAAGCUUGGCAGAUGGGUUCCUAAGUGGUAUCUUGAUUCUCAGGCGACGAAGCGAGACAAGGCCCUGGUGAUGUUGUGGUGGAUAGCGGUCAUGGUGUUGUGGCCGGUGAUACUGCCGGUGCUGCUGUUGAGGAAGGUGAUUCGGGUGGUGAAGCAUUUUUUGGUUGGGGGGAAGAAGGAUGCGAGGAUGCUGCAGCCGAAACAGGCUGUGGGAGAGGUUUGA